CACCGUUGGCUGCCACGCGAGCCGCCCACUCCGUCCCGGGUGUCGUUCGGAGGACUUUGCCCGACGUUUGGGCCGAGCGUGUGCCGGGAGGGCCGAGCGUUUUGCUGGGAACGCGCUGUCGUGGGCGCCUGGGCCUCGGCUAUUUCCUGGUGGAAGUUCUCAGCUGUGCCUGCCGGAAUCAGCAAGUUGGAAAAGUUGACUGCAGGCCCGACACUCAAACGCUCCGGCGCCUCUCGGAUUUCUGCCCGCAGUCGUGACUCAAGUCCGCUAGCCGUUGUUCCCGUAGCCCUCGCCGCGACGAAGAACCUCACCGUAAAGCCAUAUUUAGCCAUCGCGCUCUCGCUGCACGGCGGGCCUCCCGAUUCCCGAUUGUUUGUGUGCACGUAUUAUUGGCAAGGAGACUACCAUAUGGCUGCGUGUCUCGUGUAACUUCAUGCAUUAGCCUGCGUUGUCACGAUCUUUCGAAUCGUCUCCGUGCACCAAGAUUUGCUGAGUCGUCUGAGCUUGCCCAUACGCGUAUAUCUCGCCUGUGGAAAAGUGAGUGAUGGCCUCACCGGUCUCCGUCUACAACUCCAAUGUCUUGGACGCGCACAUCUCCAGCACCUCCAGAGAGUCUCUGAAGAUGGAGUUGUUGGCCGACGUCACGCUGCUGCCCGGGGAGGAGAGAAUUAUAGACAAGGACAUCAUCUACAUCUGCCCGUUCAGCGGCGCCGUCAAAGGCAAAGUGUUGAUCACCAACUACAGACUCUACUUUAAGAGCUGUGAUGCGGAUGUGGCGGUGACACUGGAUGUUCCUCUAGGCGCCAUCAGUCGUGUGGAGAAAAUGGGCGGGGUGUCAAGUCGAGGGGAAAACUCGUACGGCCUGGACAUUACCUGCAAGGACAUGAGAAACUUGAGGUUCGCCCUGAAGCAGGAGGGCCACAGCCGACGAGACAUCUUCGAGCUGCUCUUCAAACACGCCUUCCCCAUCUCGCACGGCCUGCCGCUGUUCGCGUACGUGACUCAGGAGAAGUACGAGGAGAACGGCUGGAGCGUCUACAGGCCUGUGGAGGAGCUCAGACGGCAGGGCUUACCCAACAACAAGUGGCGCAUUACUUUCAUCAACAAGAACUACGAGCUGUGCGACACGUACCCCGCCGUGCUGGCCGUGCCCUUCAAAUGCAAAGAGGAGGACCUGAGGAGAGUGUCUUCCUUCAGGUCCCGCGGCCGCAUCCCCGUCCUGUCCUGGAUCCACCGGGAGAACCGGGCGGCGAUCGCGCGCUGCAGCCAGCCGCUGGUGGGCAUGUCGGGUAAACGGAACAAGGACGACGAGCGCUACCUGGACCUGAUCAGGGACGCCAACGACACGGCCAAACUGACCAUUUAUGACGCUCGCCCCAACGUCAACGCCGUGGCCAACAAGGCCACGGGAGGCGGCUACGAGGGCGACGAGUACCACAACGCCGAGCUGGUCUUCCUGGACAUCCACAACAUCCACGUCAUGCGGGAGUCCCUGAAGAAGCUCAAAGACAUCGUGUACCCCAAUGUGGAGGAAUCCCACUGGCUGUCCAGUUUGGAGUCCACACACUGGCUAGAACACAUCAAGCUUGUGUUGUCAGGAGCCAUCCAAGUGGCAGACAAAGUUUCCAGCGGCAACUCUGUGGUGGUCCACUGCAGCGAUGGCUGGGACAGGACUGCUCAGCUGACGUCUCUGGCCAUGCUCAUGCUGGACAGCCACUACCGCACGCUCAAAGGACUGCAGGUGCUCAUCGAGAAGGAGUGGAUCAGCUUUGGACACAAGUUUACUUCUGUAAGGAACUUUACAUGCGUCCGUCCCGAGUGCCGCAGUGGAUGUUUACUUGGCUUCGCAAAAAACACAGCUGUGUGUGUGUGUGUGUGUGCGUGUGCGCGCGCGUGCGUGUGUUUAAUCGUUCUCGUGCGUGUGCAGAGGAUAGGUCACGGUGACAAGAACCAUGCCGAUCAAGACCGAUCGCCCAUCUUUGUCCAGUUCAUGGACUGCGUCUGGCAGAUGAGCAAGCAGUUCCCCACCGCCUUCGAGUUCAACGAGCGCCUCCUGCUGACCAUCCUGGAGCACCUGUACAGCUGCCGCUUCGGGACUUUCCUCUACAACUGCGAGAGCGCGCGAGAGCAAAACGCCCUGCGGCAGAAGACGGUGUCCCUGUGGUCUUUGGUCAACAGUAAGACGGAGCUUUAUUUGAACCCUUUCUACACGCCCGAGUCGGGCAGGGUCCUUUACCCGGUGGCCAGCAUGCGCCACCUCGAGCUCUGGGUCACCUACUACAUACGCUGGAACCCGCGCAUCCGACAGCAGCAGAGCCCGGUGGAGCAGCGUUACCUGGAGCUGUUGGCGCUCCGAGACGAGUACAUCAAGAAGCUGGAGGAGCUGCGGCUGUCCGACUCGUCUCGUCUGGCCGACGACGGCCCCGGCGGCGACACGUCGUCCCCGUCCCCUGCGUCGUCCCCCACGCGGCAGCAGCACUACACGCAUCUACAGACGCCCUUCUGAGGCGCACGCACACGCUGUUCACUGCUGUCCUUCGUGUCUGUGCGGGGCUAACAAAGAACACUAACUAAGGACUUGAGUCAUUUUAUGUUCGGCAGGCGAUUAUGCAAUGUGGCACCGUGCAGCCUCGUCGCCAUACGUGCACGCCCACACGAGCCUUAAAUACGGUUGCUGGCUUUCAAUACAAGGGCUCGUCCACACAAAGGACAGGAAGCUAACGUGUUGACUGAAGACACGCACACGAUUUCAAGUUGGGGCGGAUUCCAUUUCUCUCUUCGCUCCCGAGCUUCCCUUGCGACCGUCCAAGAUUGACCACAUACUGUCCCGAUUUGUCGGAUCUCCGUGCGUUUUCCAGCGCUAACCUCGUCCCGGUGCCGCCAGCGAUGCUACGCUAACCUUCACUUUCCCAAUUCCGUGGUGUUCGGACACGGGUGCUGUCAAAGGGACACUUGAUUCCAAUUUGGAUUGGGUCAGUCAGGAUUAAUGUCAGCGGAUUGAAGUUCAGGUGUCCUUUUGAUGCAAUCAUCUCCAAAAGUAAAUCUGCGACGCGACGCCCCCCCCUUCCUUCGUGAGCUGAUUGGCUGCAGGGCGUCGUCUUUGUGUUGAGCCAGUUGCGUGCCUUGAUUCCCCCGCACUUCACGUCGGAGCCCCUCGUUGUCGUUACGAGGCUCCCGACCCGCGCUUUGCUUUCCGGUCUGCUAGACAGGGUACGGCUCGUGGCCUGCUUGUUGGGCCCGUCGCUUGCGGUGUCCCGCAAGGCCAAAGAGCUUGAAGUGUACUUGUUGUGACGCGCGUCUGUUCUCAUCAACUUGCUCUUCCCGGGAGAGAGUUGUUCUCCUCUCGGCAGGCGUCGGACGUCGAUGCUGUUUGGUUUGCCAGCGUCCGUCCUGAAGAACUAAUUACAAGCGAAACAGGCUCAGGUGCCGAGGAGCUUUUUAUUUUAUUCCCCCCGCGCAAAGCGCUUGAGUUUUGGGGCAUGAAAAUGCCCUUUUCUUUGCUACUUUUCUACAAGCACCUGGAUCAGGAUGUGAUUACCUCAGUCCAAAGCAAUUUUCCGCUCUGAAGCUCCGUAGUUGUAGAAUUCAAUCAUUUGAUUCUUUUUCGCGGGAAGCGUUUGUAUACUACUAUACUUGUCUUUGAUCUAGUUUGGUUCCUUUUGCUGCUCUUUGUUGUUUUUCACAAAAGGGAAGAAGAAUACAUGAGCUCCAUCUAUCCUCUCCAUAGCUGCUUGGUUCUGUAAAUAUUAUUGAUUAAAUUAAUUUAAGAUUGA